AGCGUCUCUCAUUGGCUGAGCGUUUCAGGUCGCUGUACUUCCAGGUUUGAGAAGUGAAGUUAAGGUCCUUUUCACGACGCUCCCUGACGUUCUGUGGAAGCAACAUGGCUCAGACUGGAGGUGAGGACACGUUGGACGCCAAGUUCUUUUCAAAGAGGAAGCAUCCAUCCGAUGCAGACAGACAGAAAGCUGAGGAAACUGACUCUGUGCCCACCAGCAAAGCAUCAGCAUGUGACCCGUACCGUUACAAGCUGGACUACCCACACAUGGGAAUCUGCCUAAUUAUAAACAAUAAGAACUUCCACAGAAGUACAAAAAUGAGUACUCGCAAGGGGACGGAUGUGGACGCUAAACUUGCCUUCCAGACGUUUGCUGAGUUUGGUUAUUCUGUUCAAGUUGUCAACGAUCAGACUGUGAAGCAGAUGAAGAGUCUGAUGCUCAGCACAUCCCAAGAGGACCACAGCAACAGCGCGUCAUUCGUGUGCGUGCUGCUAAGCCAUGGCGACGAGGGCGUGAUAUAUGGAACUGACGGCUUUGAACAACUUGAAAUUCUGACCAAACCUUUUAAAGGAGAUCGCUGCAGGUCUCUGGUGGGAAAACCAAAGCUCUUCUUUAUACAGGCGUGUCGUGGCUCAAUGCUGGAUGAUGGAGCUGAGCUUCAGGCCGACAGUGUAGAGGAGCAAAAUUCAGAGAGAAUACCGGUGGAGGCGGAUUUCCUCUAUGCCUAUUCCACAGCCCCAGGCUACUAUUCAUGGAGGAACACGCAGAAUGGUUCCUGGUUCAUGCAGGCGCUGUGCAACAUGUUGCAGCAUCACAGAGGAGAGUUGGAGCUGAUGCAGAUCAUGACCCGUGUCAACAACACCGUGGCGAGGCACUUUGAAUCCGACUGUAACCUCCCUGGGUUCACCGGCAAGAAGCAGAUCCCCUGCAUCGUCUCCAUGUUAACCAAAGAACUUUACUUUCCUAAGUAGCUUUCUUUUUUUAAAUAUAUGUUCAGCUAGUAAAUAAUCAGGUUUUUGUGAAGUGAAAUGACUUGUCUGCAGUUGUUUUAAAAUUUAAAUGAAAUGACCACGAGAGGCCGCCAGACAAACAUUUGGGAGCUGUACACCAGUGGUUCUCAACCUUUUUUCAGUGAUGUACCCCUGUUAAAUUUUUUUUAAUUCAAGUACCCCCUAAUCAGAGCAAAGCAUUUUUGGUUGAAAAAGACAGCACUAUGUCAUCAGUUUCUGAUUUAUUAAAUUGUAUAACGGUGCAAAAUA